CGGCGCUGUUGUUUACGGAACUCGGCGGGGGCUGAGCCCGCCGUCUUGCCCCCCGCCCAACGCCCAGGCCAUGCCACCCCAUCAGCGCGCGGAGCCGCGGCCGCCGGGCCUCUGGGGCUGAGCCGGGAGCCGAGAGCCUCGGGAGGAGGAGGCGCCGGCGGCGGAGCCGGAACAGGAGCGGCGGCGGCGGGCAGCGCGGCGGACCCAGUACUAUGGCUAUGUACUGCUAUGCACUCAACAGCCUGGUGAUCAUGAAUAGCGCCAGCCAGGUGAAGAGCGGCGGUGGCCCUCGGCCCAGCAGCAGCGAGACGCCCCCGGCGCCGAGGAGGGCCGUGUUGAGCCCCGGCAGCGUUUUCAGCCCCGGGAGUGGCUCCUCUUUCCUCUUCCCCGCAGCCGAGUCGUCGCCGGAGGAGCCCGGGAGCCCCCCGGGCUGGCGGAGUGGCCGGCGCAGGCUGAAUAGUAGCAGCGGCAGCGGCAGCGGCAGCAGCGUGGGCAGCCCGAGUUGGGCGGGUCGCCUAAGAGGCGACGGGCAGCAGCAUGUGGUGACCACCGGUACCCUCUCUCCCCCGGGGCCGGAGGAGGCCAAAAGGAAGCUUCGAAUCCUACAGCGCGAGCUGCAGAACGUGCAGGUGAACCAGAAAGUGGGCAUGUUCGAGGCGCACAUCCAGGCGCAGAGCUCCGCCACUCAAGGGCCUCGAAGCCCGCGUUUGGGCAGGGCUCGAUCGCCCUCCCCGUGCCCCUUCCGCAGCAUCAGUCAGCCCCCAGGGAGGGUCCUGGCUCAGAGUGAUGGGCGGCGGACAAAGUCCUGGGGGGAACAAUGUCCGGAGACUUCAGAGGCCGACUCCGGGAAAAGAGGAGGGUCGCCCAGCCAACGCCUCUCGAAGGACAAAGAGGGAGUAGCACCUUUACCCGGCCCUGCUGCCCCGGCAGGAUCAGCGGCUCAGGGUCCAGGCGCUUCGGUGAAAAUGAGGAAGCCGGUCCUGGCCGGACCCCAUUGUGGCUCACCCAUUGCUAUGGAAGUUGACAAGAGGGUUUCUCCUCCUUUGGGAACUCAGAAUUACCAAGCUCCCCCGUUGGGGCUGGUCGGAGUGAACUUAACGAUGGCCACAGAAGUGGCAGCGAGAGCCACAUCCACUGGGCCACACCAUCCACAGGACCCUGCCCUCACUGAGCUGUCUGAGAGGGCCCGCGAGCUUGGGGGUGCGUACCCUUGGGAGGCCCUGGCCGAGAGUCAGGGGAGGUCUUUGGGCAGUGAGACAAGUCCGGCCCCAGAGACGGGCGGGCCUCGCAGUGGAGAGCCCCCUGGGAAGGUGGGGAGAGGAAAUCUGCCCGGUGGCAUGCCGGGCUCCGGGGCGCCUGAAGCGGACAAAAGGCCAGAGGAGAGGACUGUGAACGCGCAAAGUCCGGCGGACUCCUCUGAGGCCCCGAGCUGGUUCAGGCAGCCCAGAGACCGGGGCUCAGUAGGCUCCGAGGGGACCCAGAGUGGGGCCCUAGUGGCCAGGGAGGCACUGCCGCACUCCAACAGAGUGGAUGAAGGGUCUGCGUCGCUGGGCUUGCUUGGGGGCAGCAGCUCAGCACAGCCAGGCCCGGGGGAGGUGGAGGCGGGGAUUCCCUCUGGCGGAAUGCUGGAGCCUUUGCCCUGUUGGGAAGCAAAAGAUCUGAAAGAACCUCAGUGCCUUCCUGGGGACAGGGUGGGUGUGCAGCCUGGGAGCUCCAGGGUUUGGCUGGGCUCCAUGGAAGAAGCGGGUCUGGCCUGGACGUGUGUCACAGGGGUACAAUCCGAGGGGACUUGGGGAAGCCAGCCUCAGGGCAGAGAUGCCCACCCCAGCCCAGAGCAGCUCUCCCCAGAUCAGAAGGACAAGCCUUCCCGGGGAGAGGCCUGCAGCCGAAGCAAUAUCCCUGCCGUCAUCAUUACAGACAUGGGUGCCCAGGAGGAUGGUGCCUUGGAGGAGGCACAGGGAAGCCCUCGGGGCGGCCUGCCGCUGAGGAAACUGUCCUCUUCCUCUGCGUCUUCCACUGGCUUUUCCUCCUCCUAUGAGGACUCGGAGGAGGACAUCUCCAGUGACCCUGAGCGCUGCCUGGACCCCAACUCUGCCUUCCUGCAUACCCUGGACCAGCAGAAGCCCAGAGUGAGCAAAUCAUGGAGGAAAAUAAAAAACAUGGUGCACUGGUCUCCCUUUGUCAUGUCCUUCAAGAAGAAAUACCCCUGGAUCCAGCUGGCAGGACACGCAGGGAGCUUCAAGGCGGCUGCCAAUGGCAGGAUUCUGAAGAAGCACUGUGAGUCGGAGCAGCGCUGCCUGGACCGGCUGAUGGCCGACGUGCUGAGACCCUACGUGCCUGCCUACCACGGGGACGUGGUGAAGGACGGCGAGCGCUACAACCAGAUGGACGACCUGCUGGCCGACUUCGACUCGCCGUGCGUGAUGGACUGCAAGAUGGGCGUCAGGACCUACCUGGAGGAGGAACUCACCAAGGCCCGGAAGAAACCCAGCCUCCGGAAGGACAUGUACCAGAAGAUGAUAGAGGUGGACCCAGAGGCCCCUACCGAGGAGGAGAAAGCCCAGCGGGCUGUGACCAAGCCGCGGUACAUGCAGUGGAGAGAGACCAUCAGCUCCACGGCCACGCUCGGGUUCAGGAUCGAGGGCAUCAAGAAAGAAGAUGGCUCCGUGAACCGGGACUUCAAGAAGACCAAAACGAGGGAGCAGGUGAUCGAGGCCUUCAGAGAAUUCACUAAAGGAAACCGGAACAUCCUGAUCGCCUACCGGGACCGGCUGAAGGACAUUCGGGCCACCCUGGAAGUCUCUCCCUUCUUCAAGUGCCAUGAGGUCAUCGGCAGCUCCCUCCUCUUCAUCCACGACAAGAAGGAACAGGCCAAGGUGUGGAUGAUCGACUUUGGGAAAACCACGCCCCUGCCCGAGGGCCAGACCCUGCAGCACGACAUCCCGUGGCAGGAAGGGAACCGGGAGGACGGUUACCUGUCGGGUCUGAACAACCUCGUCGACAUCCUGACGGAAAUGUGCCCGGGCGCCCCCCUCUCCUGAGGCCACCCUCCGCCCCACCUCGUCGCCACCCUGGCCUCUUAUCCCCCCUUGCUUCCCUUCUCCUUCUGAAUUUUUCCUUCACUUCCACCUGGGUGCAAGCCCUAGAACUGACCCUCCCGAACAGCACUACAAGACACUUUGUAGAUGAGAUGAGAUUUUCUAGUUAUU